AUGGUAAAGAGAAACAAGAAUGGAAACAAAGGCUCUCCGAAAAGCAAGAAAGCAAGCACUGCAUUUCAAACAAGAAUUAGAAAAGCUAAGAAAGCGAAGGAUCCCAAGCAAGCAAUCAACCAAGCAAGUGAUCCCAGACACGCAAAAACGAAAAAAUCUCAACCAAGCAAGAAACCAAACAAGAAACCAAGCAAGAAGCCAAGCGAGAAACCAAGCAAGAAACCAAGCAAGAAGCCAAGCGAGAAACCAAGCAAGAAACCAAGCAAGAAUCCAAGCAAGAAGCCAAGCGAGAAACCAAGCAAGAAACCAAGCAAGAAUCCAAGCAAGAAGCCAAGCAAGAAACCAAGCAAGAAUCCAAGAAACCAAACAAGCAACCAAGAAAGAAUCCAAGCAACCAAGCAAGAAUCCAGCGCACUCCACAGCACAACAGGUUUCGAGUCGGAUGUUAAUGACUCGUAA